UGCCCUCGCUGUACGGCGCCGCCCGGAGGUCACUGCCUGGCUGUCUGUCUGUGGGGCGACGGAGGGGAGGAUGUGGCGGGCGCUGGCGAGGCGCGUGGCCCAGGAGUGCGCCGCCCGGCCCAGGAAGGCAGCCAGCGGCGCCGAGGGGCUCCUCCGGCGGAGAGGGCGCCCCUGGGGCAGCCCCGCCUCGGCCCUGGCUCGCCCCAAAUGGACGCCGCCCGGGAAGCCUUCGACGGCGCUGCCUCUGCUCCUGGCCAAGGCCCAGGCCGCCUCCGCCCCCGCCAGGAGCCUCUGCAGCCACCCGCCCCACCAGAAGGUGCCUUUGCCUGCUCUCUCCCCUACGAUGCAGAUGGGGACCAUCGCGCGGUGGGAGAAGAAGGAAGGGGAGAAGAUCAACGAAGGCGAUCUGAUUGCUGAGGUGGAGACGGACAAAGCCACUGUAGGAUUUGAGUGCACAGAAGAAUGUUAUUUGGCUAAGAUCUUGGUGCCGGAAGGAACGCGGGAUGUCCCCAUAGGAGCCAUAAUAUGCAUCACUGUGGACAAGCCUGAGCUUAUUGAUGCCUUUAAGAAUUACACUUUGGAUGCUGCAGCAACCGCCGCACCAGCCUCAGUGCCUCCUCCACCAUCACCACCACCUCCUUCGGCAUCUGCGCCACCCGCACCAGCAGCUCAACCCUCUGCUCAGGCUCCAGGUAGCUCCUACCCUCCCCAUAUGCAGAUUGCUCUCCCUGCCCUCUCCCCUACCAUGACGAUGGGCACGGUUCAGAGAUGGGAAAAGAAGGUCGGUGAAAAACUAAGUGAAGGAGACUUGUUGGCAGAAAUAGAGACCGACAAAGCUACAAUAGGCUUCGAAGUGCAAGAAGAAGGAUAUUUGGCAAAAAUCUUAGUGGCAGAAGGCACAAGAGAUGUGCCUUUGGGAACCCCACUGUGUAUUAUUGUGGAAAAAGAGUCUGACAUUCCUGCCUUUGCAGACUACAGAGAUGCUGGAGUGGCAGAUAUCAAACCGCCAAUGCCACCACCGCCACCUAGUCCUAUGGUGGGUGCAGCUGCUCCUUCUCCAGCCCAGCCUGCAUCUUCUCCUUCAGUCAGAGGCCCUGCACAUAAAGGGAGAGUAAUAGCCAGCCCCUUGGCAAAGAAACUGGCAGCAGAGAAAGGAAUUGAUAUUUCACAGGUCAGAGGUUCAGGACCAGAUGGACGGAUAACAAAGAAAGACAUUGAGUCAUUUGUGCCAUCUAAGGUAGCCCCGGCCCGGGCAGCAGAACCCACUCCUGUGGCUGCACCAACACCAGCACCAGCUGCAGCCAUCCCCACAGGUGUCUUUACAGAUAUUCCGAUCAGCAAUAUUCGCAAGGUCAUUGCCCAGCGUUUGAUGCAGUCUAAGCAAACGAUACCUCACUAUUACCUCUCCAUUGACAUUGACAUGGGAGAAAUAUUGGUGCUAAGAAAAGAACUCAACCAGGAGAUGCCCCAGAACACGAAGCUCUCGGUCAAUGACUUCAUUAUCAAGGCUUCAGCUCUGGCUUGUAUGAAGGUGCCUGAGGCAAAUUCCUCUUGGUUGGACACAGUAAUUAGGCAGAAUCACGUAGUCGAUGUUAGUGUUGCAGUCAGUACCCCAAUAGGACUUAUAACCCCGAUUGUAUUUAAUGCGCACAUAAAGGGACUGGCUUCCAUUAACCAAGAUGUUGUAUCGUUGGCAGCCAAGGCUCGGGAAGGCAAACUGCAGCCUCAUGAAUUUCAGGGAGGAACUUUUACAGUCUCAAAUUUAGGAAUGUACGGCAUUAAGAAUUUCUCUGCGAUCAUCAAUCCACCCCAGUCUUGCAUCUUGGCAGUUGGUACUUCAGAGAAAAGACUGGUCCCAGCAGACAAUGAAAAAGGGUUUGAGGUGGCUAGUGUGAUGUCUGUUACGCUGAGCUGUGACCACCGCGUCGUAGACGGAGCAGUCGGAGCCCAGUGGCUUGCUGAGUUCAAGAAGUUCCUUGAGAAGCCAGCCACCAUGCUGCUAUAAUCUCCUGAGGCCACUAGGACUUUCUUGGGUCGCAUCACUUCAUUCUAAAGAAGCUAUUUAUAUAUUUAGAGUUUAGACUUUUAAACAAAUAUUCAUUUCUUUAUUUUUUAAAAAAUAUCUAUAUCUAAAUAUAUAUAUGCAUACACAGAGUUUCUGGUAAUUUUUAUUACCAGUUGUACAGAUUUAAAUGGUUUGCAAAAGGCUUCCUGGAGUACAACUAUACUGUAUUUUAUACAGUGGAUCAGUUUGCAAACUUCCCCCCCUAAAUUGCCCAAAGGAUUUGAAAUCAUGUGGAGGAGCUCAUGCUUCCAGUCAUAGUCCCAACCGGCAACUUAAUGAUUCCUGUCAUCUCAAAAACAAGGGAGCCAGAUUGCAAUAGCAGAGACAACAAAAGCCAAAUUUAGGAUCUCGGGUGGUUGGGAUCUCCAGUCUAGCACAGCAAGUGAACCUGUUGGUGUGUCCUAUUCCUUAGGUUAGUAGGCUUUCAUGGAGGGUGGGAUGAGAACAGCCUUCAGGGUGGUUCACAUUCCAGGUUACUUUGUGAAUUAAGCAGCUUUUCCAACUCCGUAGCCUCAGAAACCUUUCAAAGAGCACUUUACUGCAGAAGGGAAGCUCCAAACCACCCAAACUCUGUGGCAAAAAUUAUAUUUGAAACACUGACAGUAUGCCCCCUUUAACAAAUUUUCAUAACAGCAACCUUUUUUGCACUACAUCUUUGAUUUUUGAGAGGCUGAUUCCCCUCCAGGUUAGUGAAUGCUGCUUCAGUCCAAAGCUGUGUCUGUCUUCAUAGAAGUGGCAAAGUUCAGUAGAAAUUAAAAUAUAUAAAAACAAUUAAUCAACCCUGGUAGAGUUUCUAUGAGAUGCCGAGACCAGGUGCAGUCCAGCUGGGACCUGUCUUGUCAUCAAAAUGAAGGUACUGUCACACUUUUCCUUCAUUUGGAACAAGGCUUGUGUAGAAAAUAUGCUAGUGGAUUGUGACUGCAGACCCUAAUAAAAUGUGAGUUGCUCUUUAUUUUCUCGUUAAAAUUAAUGAGACAAGUUAGUUGCGACUGUUUAUGUCCCAUUCAUUUCAAACUAGGUGUAGAUACUGUUCUGUGGAUGAGGCCCACCGUUGAAUAGCAUCUUUGUUGUCUUCCCCAUCCCAACCUUGGGAAAACAUCAGAAUUUCUUGGGACAUGUAAAUAGUGUAAAAACCUUAAAUUGCUUGACAUGGAUUUUGUUUGCAAUUGUCACCAGAUGUGUUUAUGAUUGUGUCCGUGAUGGGAAGGUACCAUAAUGGAAAACACUCCCAUGUUUGCUUCCCAAAGGACCUAUUAAUUUAAAAAGGAGGAUCAUGGAAUUGCUAAGUGAUAUGAGCUGGAGAGCCAAAUAGACAGUAGAUUAAUAAAGAGGCCCCAAAUUAUUCUGUACCAUAUGCAUUGCAUUCAGUAUUGUCUCUUGUAAAGUUGUGCUACCAGAUCCACUAAAAAUAAUAUUCAAGGAGAUUAUACUGUGGACAUUAAAUAUUUUUUCUGAGACCUAACUAAUGUGUUCUUGAUUUGGUUGCAGUUAUGCUUAAGUUUUAAUAUCUUGGUAAGAAGCAAGUUGCACUUCAAAUGUCCUAACUCAGUUCCAGACUGGCUAAAUAGGCCAGGUGUGUUCCAUUAAAUGUUUGAAAUGUA